UGUGUGUGUUUUUGUGACUGAGGAGGGCUGGCUGUUUAAAGCAGGAAGAGAGGCGCAUUGGUCUCGCUCUCUCUCUCCCGGGAUGGAGAGAGCGGCGUGGAGCUGUGCUGAGGCUGAAGAGGGAGUGAAGGACCAAAGCACGGAGGAAUGAAGCGUGACGCUCGCUCCGAGCCCAGAAGGGGCGGGAAAGUGGGCGAGUCUUGGAGUCGAGGCCGCUUUUGCCUCCACUGAGGGGUGAGCCGGGCCAAGGGGGAACAAGCCCUUCUUCGCCUCCAGAGCAGACCAGACCAUGGGGAGACCUUGGGGAAAGCGAGCCGUCGCGGAGGGGACCCAGGAGCGCAGAUACCUGAUGAUUUCCUGAAUAUUGAAAUGUUCUGAACCUCCCUUUCUGACGAUGAACAAUUCAAAACCAUUGCCACUGACUGGAAUUGGUCUGUUUUCCAAUGCUACCUGCCACACAGAAAAGAAGAUCUCUGUGUUUUUUUCCAUCAUCUUCAUGACUGUGGGGAUUUUAUCCAACAGUCUUGCAAUAGCAAUUCUUAUGAAGGCCUACCAGAGGUUUAGACAGAAGUCAAAAGCGUCCUUUUUGCUUUUUGCCAGUGGCUUGGUUAUCACAGACCUGCUGGGCCAUCUAAUUGCUGGAACCAUUGCAGUAUUUGUAUAUGCAUCUGAUAAAGACUGGAUUCGGUUUAACCAAUCAAACAUUCUCUGCAGUGUUUUUGGCAUCUGUAUGGUGUUCUUUGGAUUAUGCCCUCUUUUUCUGGGCAGUGUAAUGGCUGUUGAACGCUGCAUUGGAGUCACUAAGCCAAUAUUUCAUUCAACGAAGAUGACUUACAAGCAUGUAAAAGUAAUAUUGACUAUGGUAUGUCUUUUUGCCAUUUUCAUAGCGUUGUUGCCUAUACUUAGGUUAAGAGCCUAUCAGAUUCAAGCAUCAAGGACUUGGUGCUUUUAUAAAACAGAACAUUUUGAUGACUGGGAAGACAGAUUUUACCUCCUACUUUUUUCAUGCUUGGGUUUACUGGCCCUUGGUGUUUCAUUCUUGUGCAACGCUGUAACAGGAAUUACACUUUUAAAAGUCAAAUUCAAAAGUCAACAAAGACAAGGCAGAUCUCAUCAUUUUGAAAUGAUCAUUCAGCUCUUGGCUAUAAUGUGUGUCUCAUGCAUUUGCUGGAGCCCAUUCCUGGUGACCAUGGCAAAUAUUGGAAUAAAUGAAAACCACUCCUGGAAAUCAUGUGAAACAAUACUGUUUGCUCUUCGAAUGGCAACAUGGAAUCAAAUUUUAGAUCCAUGGGUAUACAUUCUUCUGAGAAAAGCUGUUCUUAAAAAACUGUUCCAGAUAGCUAGGAGAUUUUGUGGAGUGCGUAUCAUUAAUUUCCAUGCAUGGGAACUCAGCUCCAUUAAAAAUUCAUUAAAAGUGGCAGCAGUUUCUGAUUCAACAGUCAGCUCCAAACCGACCAACCAGCAGCUACUCAAUUCAACAGUGCCGUGAAGUGGAACAAGAGAGGGAUGAAAUGAAGAUGUAAUGGUCAGGCAUCUCAAAAUUUUGUAGAAUAAAUGUGGCCUGGUAUUUUCUUCAUCUUUAAAACAUGAAAUCUGGCUCUAUUGAUGGGCAUCUGGAGCUGAUAUUCCAGAUAGUCACUUUCUGAAUAUAUUUUCAAGAAUGGUCCUUGUGUAACUAAGGCUGCCAAACCUAAUACCAAAGAGACCAGGAUUCAGUAUAACAAGAAAAACACAUGCAUCAAUAAACUGCUAAUGUAAUGUGCAAAAUGUAAAUUUAAAAUAGACUGGUGAGCACAUCAGACAAUUUGUAUUGAAAUCAUGACCUCUCGGUAGGUUAAAAUAUGUAAUAAAAACAAGGCAAAAUCUAUUGAUUUCAGUUGAAUGUGUUUAAGGAAGUAUUUAAUACUACCUUUAAAAUAAACAAGACUAUUAAACUUUAAGGAAAUGGUUGGAUUAUGGUUUGUACAUAUAUGUGUCAUAACAACUUUGAGUUUCAAAGAUCAUCUGUGAGAAAAACUUGAUUAUUUUAAAGCAGACUUUAGGCAGAAUGCCUCCAUACAUCGCUUGCUGGGGGCUGGGAACCUAUGUCCUCCUUGAGCACUUCCCAUUUGACAAAUAUUUGAACAAGACACUGGAUUAGAUAGACCUUUAAUUCAAUCCAGCAGGACUCUUUUUUUCCCCUUUUGUAUCAAGACAAUCUACUUAGCUUGGUUUAAACGAAUCCUGAUAGAAAUAUGAGGUAAAAGGAGGUUGAAAAUGAUGAAAUGUCUCAUGGCUAAAGCUUCUGUUAAAGCAGCAAUGAAUUUGUGGUAAUUUAAGAAGAUAUAAUCUCUUUUGUGCUCACUUUCCCUUGCAAAGUGUAAAGUGAAUCCCCAAAACAGAAAAAGGUUGAUAGGUAGCAGAAGUGAUUCAGUUUCUUAGACAUUUGACCCUCAGCAUCACAACUUCAAAUAUGCGCACUUAGAAAUGGAAUUCAAAACACAAAUCCAAAGCCCCUUGCACACAGCUGAAUAAAAUCCCACAUUGUCUUAUUUGAACUGGAAUAUAUGGCAGCGUGGACUCAGAUAACCCAGUUUAAAGCAGAUAUUGUAGGAUUUUCUGCCUUGAUAUUCUGGGAUAUAGGGCUGUUUGGAAGGGCCUUAAGAGCCAGGAAAAAGUUACUGAUUAAGAAUUGUGACCUAUUAAUGUUAUACCAUUUCCUUAUUGUCUAAUAAUUCGUUGGAGCCAUGGCAGCGCAAUGGGUUAAACCCAAUGUGCUGGCUGAACUGCUGACCUGAAGGUCAGCAGUUUGAAUCUGUGAGAUGGGGUGAGCUCCCAUCUGUCAGCUCCGGCUUCCAGUGCGGGGACAUGAGAGAAGCCUCCCACAGGAUGGUAACACAUCCAGGCAUCCUCUGGGCAACGUCCUUGACGUUGGCCAAUUUUCUCACACCAAAAGCGACAUGCAGUUUUUCAAGUUGUUUCUGACACAGAAAAAAAAUGGAUGUUAAACUAUUACUAUGUUUUAGUGUGACUAAGGAAUCACAUUUAUACAUAGUAAACAUGUGAAAUACCGGGUGCCAAAUUUUUAUUCUGGCAGUUGAUACAUGCUUCAAUCUAUUACCAUAAACACACCAAAAAACUCAAAUGUAUUGAGGUCUACUGUGUACCAACAGGAAUACAAAGGAGGAGAAAAAGAUGAAAUGCCAUGCAUAAAUAGUUGCAAGAGUCAAGUGAAAUUGGAAGACAUUUGUUUUUAUCUAAAUAAAAGAAAGAUGUGGCACACAACUAUAGAAUGUUUUUGGCAGAAUGUUCAGCCUUCAAUAUAAUAUUUCACAAUGAGUCUUAAAAGUAAUUGCGGUGCUGGGGGAAUUGCUUUUGAAAGCUAGAAAAACAAAAACUGAUUUAGGUGAAAAAAAGAAUUGCUGUUUCUAUUCCAUAAAGGAAAAGCCUUUAAGAAGAAUUUAUUCAUAUGUCAGUUUAACAAUUUGCCAGCCUUACUUUUUUGGGAGCAAUUACCAUAUUGUUUAUAUACCAACCUCUUGCAGUUCUUUGUAAAUAUUUAAAGUCCUCUAACAUUUUGAGGCUCUCAGGCAACUAAGUGCCUAAGAUUUUUUUCCAAUCUUGCAUAUGCUUGCAGUGUUCGUUUGUUUUACUUGAAAAAGAAGCAAAGCCAUUAAACUUUACCUUGUAGUUUGUUUACAAGUAAAACGUUUUAAAAUUUGUGAACAUAAGUCAUAAGCCUGGCCCUGAGCUGCUAAACCCACCCCCCCAAAACCUAAUAUAUGAAUUAAAUGAACAAUCAUACCAGUUGCUAUUACUAUUACUUCUCCACAAAGGUUUUAUUGACAGUAAAGAUGUACUAUGUGUUAUAGGACACAGAAAUCCUUCAAAAGCCAUACACUUUAUAUUAGAUUAGAACCAUGUGGUAGGAAAGCAGAUUUUUCUGUACAGUUUUUAAAGUUCCAGACACAUCAUGCUGCACUCCUGUGACCUUCUGGGCACUGCUUUUGUGUUUUUGAUUAUUGCUGCCUCCCAGGAUGACAGAAACCUAGAGAAAAUUGUUGUCCCCACUGGGCAUAUGUGUAUUUGCCUUCAUGUCAUCUGUCAACCUAUGGUAACGCCAUAGGAGCCACGGUGGUGCAAUGGCUUAAACCUUUGUGCUGGCUGAAUUGCUGACCUAAAGGUCAGUGGUUUGAAUCUGCGAGAUGGGGCAAGCUCCCGUCUGUCAACUCCAGCUUCCCAUACGAGGACAUGACAGAAACCUCCCACAGGAUGGUAACACAUCCUGGGCAACUUCUUAGCAGAUGGCCAAUUCUCUCACACCAGAAGUGACUUACAGUUUCUCAGGUUGCUUCUGACAUGAUAAAAAAGGCAUAAAUGUCACAGGGUUUUGCUGCUUCCCUCUGAAAUAAAGUCUACAGCUCCUGGUAUUCACAGUUGAUCUUCCAUUCUAGUCUAACCAAGGCUGACCCUACUUAGGUUCAAAGAUCAGGUAGGAUCUGGUACCUUUAUGAUAUUUGGGCCAGUGGUCUUGACUAGGUGUUCCCAAUUCCUGCUGUUGCUGCCUAUUGGAAUGUGAAUACUAGUUCACAAGUUGUGCAGGCCUGCAAAACCAGAUUGAUAAGGCAUUAAUGAUGAGCAGAAUGAAGGGAUUUAGCAUAUGGUGAUACAAUUCCAUAGACAUUUAGUCAGUGGGAAGGCGAGCAUUGAAUUAGAAAUCUGUCCCUACCUUGUACUAGGAUUCUUUUGUUUUACACCUACAACCUGCAAAAGGUCCCAAGUUGAAUUCCUGGAAUCUACAGGCAAGACUAAGCUUGAUAUAAUAGCUUCUCCAUACCAAAUCAGUGCUAUUACCCUAUGGCCCAAUUGAAUAUGUAAUCUGAAAUUGGAGUUAUGGUGCAAAAUGUCAGUGCAUCUGAUCACAUGCCUCAGUUUUUUCAUUUAUCUGGUGACAUUUAUGCUUCAACAGCUGCAGAUUGAUGUUUAACUAUGUACAGUAAUUGUGGAAAUGCUUGACUGGUGAAAAAAAGCAUGUGGGUUUCUCUCCUUUUGUCAUGUGGAUAAAUAUUACUAUUUGUGUAUAGAUAUACUAUAUAUAUAAAUUCUAAAUUCUGUCCUCCCAAAUGUGUAUUUGUUUUCUUGUAUUCUGUGUAUUGAUACAGAGUAAUGUAAGAUGUGAUGUUUCAUUAAACCUAUUACAAUGUGCCUCUGGAGCAGUGAUGUUUUUAGUGCCAAGGGAUAUUGAAAUAUAAUUGCCAUAUUAAAUGCUGAAUGAUGAGUGCCAUAUUAUAAAAAUCACAUUAGCAACAUUUUUGGCAGCUGAAUUGUUAGGAGAUUUGAGGUUGAUGCUUUCCUCAGCUUAUGUGCUUGCAAAUAAACCAGUUCAAAAUCUG